AUGGAGUUGACAAGCUCUCAACUUUCGGCAAUAAAUGCCAAACUACCAGCUGGCUUCAAAAUUAACCCUCUAGUCAAAAAAGAGUCGAAAAAUAAGCAUAGAAAAUCAGAGCUUGAAAACUUAGAUUUUAAUAAUAUUUAUAUUCCUAGGGAAAAGGAAUUGCGUCCAACUAGGGUAAAGCGCCAAGUAUCAAAUGACAGUUUUGACACAAUGCCCAAACAAAGUGAAUCUUUCAAGAAAAUAUAUAACCUCUAUUAUAAUAAAUGACUCUAUACUAUUAUUUUAUGCUAUAAAUUCAAUAUUUUAAUAAAUUUAGUAUAAAAAAUACUCCAAUCUAUUAAGAGACAUGACUUUUCUGAGCCUUUUCUAGAGCCAGUAAACCCCAAGCUUGUCCCUGAUUAUCACUCAGUAAUCAAAGAGCCCAUGGAUUUAAGUACUGUUGAAAAAAAGCUCCGGGCUGGCGAAUAUGAGAACGGCUAUCAAUUUGCAAUGGACAUGCGCUUGAUUUGGAGCAAUUCUUUCCAAUAUAACGCAAAAAACUCCGACCUCUACGCCAUGACAAUGGAGCUCAGCUCCCAUUUUGAAAGCCUCAUGAAAGGAAACGAAAAUCUGAUGCUCGCUGACAAGCAAGACGUCAUGCAAGACUUGUAUCAAAAAAUCGAAAAGCUGUCCAAAGGAAUGCGAGAAAUCCAGGCUAACAAAGCAAAUCCUCAAGCAGCGUCCACGUCAUCUGCAGCAGUUGUAAAAAUGCCAGCCAAGCCACAAAUAGAAAAACCGAUGACUUUGCAUGAGAAAAAAAAUCUGUGCACAAAUAUAAAAAAACUUGACCCGAAAUAUUUGAAAGGAGUUUUAGAUAUUGUUCAAGAAUGCAUGAACGUCCAAGGAGAAGAGCUGGAGUUUGACAUCGACAAAUUGCCUUCUAACGUGUGUAGAGAGCUGGAAAAAUAUGUGAAGCAGUGUUUGACAAAUGCAGGCAGGGCCCAGUCUUAGCUUAGCUUAUUAUUUAUUUUCUGUUUGCCUCUAUUUAUCACGAUUUUUUACUAUAAAUUUCCUGAAUUUUGAUCUUAAUUUUAUUUAAAUAAGGCCCAGUCCAAAAAGAAGACCAAGCCUAUUAAUAUUGAUGGCAUGAAGUCAAUUCAAGAAAUGACGUCAUCAAGGCUUAAAGACUUAGAUCAACAAUUAGAACAGCUUUCACAGAACAAAAAGCCUGACAAUCUUCCUCCACAACCAGCUGCUCCUGCUGGAGAGUCCAGCUCUGAAAGCUCAUCAUCAAGCAGCAGUGAAGACGAAGAAGAACUGCCGAUGCCCACGAAUAACGAAGUGCAGUCUCAGCAGAUGUUCCAAAAUCCAUAUAAUCAGCCGGUUCAGCCUGCGUGGAAUAUGUUUGGGAAUGGCAUGGAUGCCUUCCAAGAUUUCAGUGUAGGCGGGUUUGGAAGUAUGUAUGAUUUUGAUAAGAAUGACAUAUUCAAAUAA